UAUGACUACAAUUCACCGUUGAAGAUGCCCUCAAAGCAACAUAGCCAAUAGUAUAGUAGUGCAUAAUUUAAUUUGUUGGAUACCAUUUUAAUACCCCUUAUUCUCUUAAAACUUUUUCAAACGGCCCCAUAAAUUUUGUGUACACCCUCAAGCCGCCUAACCGCUCGAUGAGUUUCUGGCUCCAUCACAAAACCAUUUUUUUACUCAAUAAGCAGGUUUAAUUGACCUCAAGUUCGUCGUAUUGUUUCCCUCAGGCCUCAGAGUAGAACUGGUAUAGAUCUUGAUCUUUUGACAGAGAGUUUGAGAUAUCAUAAUAUUGUGUUGCGGGAAGAAUGGCCAAGCAUCACCCUGACCUGAUCAUGUGCCGGAAGCAGCCAGGAAUAGCAAUUGGACGGCUCUGCGAGAAAUGUGAUGGGAAAUGUGUCAUUUGUGAUUCAUAUGUGCGGCCUUGCACGCUGGUCCGUGUUUGUGAUGAAUGCAACUAUGGUUCUUUCCAGGGUCGCUGCGUCAUCUGUGGAGGGGUUGGCAUUUCUGAUGCCUAUUACUGCAAAGAGUGUACUCAGCAAGAGAAGGACCGUGAUGGCUGCCCCAAAAUAGUCAAUCUUGGAAGUGCCAAAACUGAUCUUUUCUAUGAGCGUAAAAAAUAUGGGUUCAAGAAAAGAUGAUUUGUGUGUUCCUUCCCAUUGCCUAAACAGAGGGGUGGUAUCAAUGUUGCAAUUUAAUCAAAGACUUUGUCACUCUGUUGUCUUUACCUUUUGUGAUGUUUGUGUUGUCCUACUCUUUGAAGGUGUGCUUAGGCAAUCCUUGCUUUCCUAUGUGUGUUUUCAACUUUCUUUUGCAAUGCUUUAGUAUGUCUUUUAAACUCUGGUAUUUGAGCUUCUCAAAUAGGCCGGCACUGAUGUUUUGCCAAAAAUGGUGGACCAGUGCGAAGAAGCUCUAGUGCCACUCCAUACUCUAUUUUCUCAUUUAUAGAGGGUUGAAUGCCUUCAUGAGGGAAUCCAACUUCCUUCCUCUCAGAUACUGCUUGCGCCACCUCAUUCUCUGCAUAAGUAUUGGUGGGCUACUUGAUUGACAUGGACCAGGAGUCCAGGACCUAAGAGGUAUUCUCUUUUUUGUUUUGUUUUGUAUCUCAAGUCGGUUAGUUAAAAAAUAGAUGCUCCGUAUUUUACUAAGAACUGUUAUCUAAUACUCC